AUGUCCACUUUCACUAAGGACGAUCUCUAUUUAUUCAAUCUUCUGGACACUAUUUUGUCGUCUUUGCAGCUCCUACAUUUUGACGAGUCAUCCACUAUUGUGGAUGUGGUGACACCUGAACCGGUAGAAACUAUUGAAUCAAAGGUUAAGAGUCUUCAAGGAUGCUCAACUUGCCGGGUGGAGUUUGGUCCUGAAUUGACUUCCAACGAUAGAAUGUAUCAUUACAAGUCGGAUUUGCACCGUCUCAACUUGAAACGUGCACUUGGAUCGUUGGCACCUUUGUCAGAAGCUGAGUUUGAGAACUUGGUAGAAACCCAGUCUUUGGAAAGUAUAUCUGGAUCCGAGGAUUCGGACACUGAAUAUGAGGAAGAGAAGGCUUUGGAGACAGUUUUCGAGAAGCUCUCUACCGAGAAUAAUGGCAAUGAAGAUGAAAAGUUUGUCAGCCACAUGAACACUCAUUCUCCUUUUGUUUUCACCAGAUCGCCGCUUCUAGAUCAAUCCAAGGGCUUUGGUAUCUACAAGGCUCUUUUCAGCGAAGACACCUUGCUCAAGGGUACUAUUAUUGAGUCAUUGAAAGAAUCUACCAGUGAUAAACAUAGGCUGGGGUUGUCUGUGUUGCUAAUGAUAGGAGGAGGACACUUCGCAGGUGCUGUGAUAUCUCACACCCCAAAAAAUAUCAAAGGUAAUGCCCCUAGCAAGACAGAAUCGAGACAGGAGCAGAUGGUCAACGUUCUCGCUUCGAAGACUUUCCAUAGAUAUACCACGAGAAGAAAGCAGGGUGGAUCGCAAAGUGCAUCUGACAAUGCUCGAGGAAAGGCAAACUCCGCCGGUUCGAGCAUCAGAAGGUAUAAUGAGCAAGCUUUGCAAAAGGAGGUCCAGGAGUUGUUGGCCCAAUGGCACGAAUACUUGGCCCAAGCUGACUAUGUGUUCAUUCGAGCCAAUGGUGCAUCCAACAGGAAGCAAUUAGUCGGUUACGAAGGAUCUCAGUUAAAAAACAACGAUUCUAGAAUCAGAAAUUUCCCCUUCACAACGAAGAGAGCAACAUUGGGCGAGGUUAAGAAGGCGUGGGUCCGUUUGAUGUAUGUCUCCGUGGUUGAUCUUCCGAAGGUCAAAGAGAAAAAGAAAGUUGAAAAAGUUGAACGGAAAUCAAAGACACCUGAGGUUGAGGUGGAGACUAAAUCAGACAUCCACACGAAGGAAAUUGUUUCGCUUCUCAAAAAGUCCAAGGCUCCUCUUUUGAUCAAUUACUUGAAGAAAAAUGAAAUUGAGCCCGACUUCCGAUUCACUCCCACGUUGAAGCAUGCCAAUGAUUCAACGCCACUUCACUAUGCAUCCUCGCAGGGCCUCCAUCAUAUGGUGAAAGUUCUCUUGGUGAAUGUCAAGAGUGAUCCUACGAUUCCCAACAGCUUUGGCAAAACGGCAGCGCAGAUUGCGUCGACCCCCACAGUGAAGAAUACUUUUCAAGUCGUUCGCCACACUCUAGGUGAGUCGUAUUGUGACUGGAAUAAGGCAAAAGUUGGGCCUCCCAGGUCCGCGGAAGACAUCUCCAAGGAUGCCGAUCUAAAAAAGAAGCAACAUGAUGAACAGACCCGCAAGUUGAUUGAGGAAGAAUUAGCGAAGAAGACUGAUAUGGAAUUGAAGAAGCCAACAUUUUCUAGCGGAGGUUCGUUGGGUGGACAAGGACCCAAGGUUGAUGAAACCAAUGGAUUGACCGAUCAGCAAAAGGCGAGAUUAAUGAGAGAGCAGAGAGCAAGGGCUGCUGAGGCAAGAAUGAAGAUGUUGGGUUAA